AUGCAUGAUUACUGCAAGGAAAAUCAGGAAAACUGUAUGGCGUUUUGAUUUCUAUCAGCUCUUUUUAUGGUGACUUUUUAUAUAUGAUCUAUAAGGUUUAUUCGUUCCCAUAGUAGUCAUAGUGUUUAUUCUAGGUGCCGUGAAAUAUUGAUUACACUGAUUAUAUCAAAUUUUAUUGAAGCUACUAUAGUCCAGGUAUGACAGUAGAUUGUCCUGAUGAAAAAAAUCACUGAAUCGGCUCAGAAAACUCAAGUUGACGAACCAAUUUGGGGAAUUUUUCCAGCAUUUCCCAGCCUAAGACAAUCUACUAUUGUACUUAGGCUAUACAGUUCAAUCUUUAGGUUACUUAUACCUUAUUCUAAUAACCCAGGUAAAAUAUAUAAUAGUUAGCUAUACUAAAAAUUUUAAUAAAAAGAGAUUAGAUUAGAUUAAGCCGUUUGCCUUGCAGGGCGGGGAUUCGCACCCCUACACGCUCAUCGCCCCUGAGGAGCCUCGGCGGACACCCUCCUUGUUGCCUCAAACAAGGGAUUCGCACCACCAGUCUUGACUUCCAUGGCUUCUGGAGUCUAAGGGCCAACCACCUGGGUCGAAACUCCCCAGUUUCUCGUUGGGCAAAAUACCGUCUUCUGGGUCUGAAGGUCAUAUUGCCUUCAAACAUUGGCCGACCUUGCCCUUUCCAAUGGUUGUCCUGGUGGAAAACUCCAAGUCCGAGGAUUAGCUCCUCGGGCUCGAAGAAAACCCAGCCCGAACACAUACAUAAAGGAUUACCGGCCCCUUUCCACCUAAAUCUCCACCACUGAGCCGUUGACUGCUGGUGUUGAAGAAAUAGGGUCGAGAGGUCGGGUGGUCUGUUUGUCACCAUUUUUAUGUAUAUAAUAAAAAGAGAUAGAACUUCUUGGACUAUUUGUCUAUGAAUAUGCAGCAGAAUUUUUUGCUAUCUCUAUUUUUGCUCAUCAUUGCCACUUUAUUUCAAAUAUUCUUCGAGUGUAUAGAUUGACAGUUUUAAUAAAGCGUGAAUUAGGGAAAUAUAACUAUCUUUCUUAUAGUGUAAGGCAAAAGCGGCUUUCAUGAAAAUGAAAUUUAAGGGUGAUCUUGAUAUACACGACACUUUGCUCUGUGAUCCCUUUUUUUCUAUUAAUAUGAGCCGUCUUUUCAUCAAAUUCUCAAGGCAAAUCUGGGGUUUACCCACGAAGUUUGUUUAUGCAAUUCUGAUCUGUGUGAAAUAUCAUUGAAUUAUUGAUUUUUCUAAUAUUUCUUAUUAAGCUAUCUAAAAUACGAGGAAGACUUAAAUGAAAAUUUGAAAUGCUCUUUUACUUUUGUAUUUGGCCAAUUGGGAUGACGUCGAAUUUUAUUCCUAAUGAUGAUUAUUAUUGAUUCAAUCUCUUAUACACGUUUAUAAUGAAUUAUUUAUUUAUUUAAUAAAUGCGAAAAACACAGAUAGGAGAUAUAGAAUAAUAUAGUAAUUCCUGGAAGAAAUUUAUUAAUUUUAGCGACUACUUUGAUUGUGCUAUUAAACGAAACAAUUCAGACUGAAAUAUGCCUUCCUAUGAUUCUUGAGCCUGAAAUGAUCCUCGAAAGCAAAAAAGUCUUUUAUUCAUUUUGUUCUUUUAUUGAAAAGAAAAAAUGUCUUAAUUUUUUUUACAUAAAUUGUUUGUUAGAGAUAGAAAAAUUUAUCGAAAUUUGCCCUACUUCAUAUAGUCUGGCGGAGGGGAUUAUAAGGAAAUAUAUAACAAAUAAUGAAAUUGAUGUUCCUGCUGCGCUAUUUGAUGCUUUAACUAAAGGAACUCUGCAUAGAGCUAGAUCAGGCACGCUGUAUCCUGAUGAAUUUAAUGAUUUGAGGAGGUACAUUUUUGACUCUGCAAUAAGGCCAGCUUUUGAAGCCUUCAAAAAUUCAAAAAGAUAUAGAAGAUUUUCUGACUUAGAUAGCUAA